AUGUCUGACAAUUAUAGCUCUGCGUCUGAGUCCGGAGAAGAACUUGUGUACGAGGUCGAACGCAUCCUUGCCCAGUCCACCUUCCAAGGAAGGACUGUGUACCUGGUCAAAUGGCUCAAUUUUGGCGACGAACAGUGCACAUGGGAACCAGCGGAGAGCUUUUUGACUCCCGCAACGCUUGCUGAUUGGGAACAGCAGCUCGCGAAACAUGAUACUUUGGACGAAGAUGAAGUUGCUCGCGUCCAGGCGCGUAUGGACGCGUUUCAGGAAGCCCAGGAGCAAGAGAGACUCGCGAGAGAACGAAGAUUGGCGGAACAGUCUAAGAAGAAGCGAAUCCGGCAGGAAAUAAUGGGACGAUCACAUGACCCCUCUUCAGCACCGAAGCGUCCACGCCCAAACGAGCCCGUGUCGCCGAAAAAGGGUAUUGCUCUGUUGAAACCCCAUGGUCACGCAAACCCUGCCUCAGUGACUUCGAAGAACCGGACAAGCAGCGCCGAUAAGCCCACUUCUAGAAGUGCCGAAGCCGCCUCUAGUCUGUCGUCAUCCUUGCCCAAAGCCGCAGCGGAAACGUUCAAUAUGGCUCAGACGCAGAAACAGAGCGCCGCUGGCGUCGGUACGGAUCCCGCGAAUGUGCCACGAGAAUUGGACAAGGUCGGCGUGACGGCGCGCCCGCGGAAGCCGAGCACUAGCGAGGUUACACCUACGGCAAGCCACAUGAAAGACAAGACGGGGCAGCGGUUCAGGAACCUUAGCCAUCAAAACAACUUCCAGAAAAAGGCUCGCCGAGAACCUGCCCCAGAUAUGUCAAACCUUGACCUGAGGUCGCCAGAUGAGUGGGUUAAUCAGCGUCCGUCUGCUCGUCAAGAUCCACUGCGAAGGGAUACAGGCAGAGACUCUCCACUGUUUGUGCCAGAAGAAACCCAGACAACUCAGCCGUCAGUGCAAGAUGAUCAUCACACACUCAACACGCCAGGCAGCCCCAAAGGUGAUUUCUCCACCGAUAGACUACCACAAAACGUUACCACCAAAAGCCAUAAUACUGUUGCAGAGGACCGCCCGUCAACCUCUGUGGAUGAUGAUAGAAACAUGGACGCCCCAACUACCCAACAUCCGCAAAGUCAAGCAUCGCAUGACACUACCAGCCUUCCCAAUAUGUCGGACUCAGCGCCAAUAGAGAAGCAUGAUGGAGCUGUGCGACCACUACUUGCACGAACAGUAUCUCAUAGUGCCCCCGCCCCAGCAGCACCACAGCUUCCGCCUCUAGACAUACCCAGGGCUGUUAGAACAGUGUCUGCUAACUCAAUUCCGUCUGCAGCAUCAGAGAAAACGAAUAUCGACCGACGAUCGUUUCCCAACAGCGAGCCUCACAAGCCAAGCAAAUUCGAUGUGCCUGCGCGGGUAGAGAAUGCUUUACACCAGUCGGGUCCAGACAAGUACAGCUCUCGGCGAUCUUCUGCCAACUCCCCAGUCGCGGGAGACGAGAUCCUUACUGCCGCCAAUGGUCGCACCUAUAGAAAAGGGGAGGUCAUUGUCAACCUAAAAUUCGGAGAUCACCUGGUAGGAGUUGUGAGGUUUGUCGCCUUGCCCCGGUGGACUAGUGCGAAGAUUAUUCGCCUCAAGGAUCCACACGAAAGGUCACUGCAACUUCACUUUCAGCAGAGGCUAGUGAUGGAUGUUGCCACGUUUUCAGCCUUUUCGCAGAACAUUGAUAGUCGCCGACAGGGCGUAGGGGCAAUCGAGCCUUAUGAGGACACACAAGCUGCCGCUGAGAGUCUAACAGGUUACCUCGAGGAAAAUAACCUCGGUGCUAUAUGGGAGUAUCCUGGAGAAACUCUUCUGCUGGUGCUCUACUCGCCUCAGGCACUGGGCUGGCAGCAUCUGGAGCAGGUCCCAGCUCCUAACUCCGGGUCUCGCUUACAUCUUGCUGUUCUGAACAAGUUUCCCGGGGUAUCCCCGGAAAAUACCGCGACGGGAAACUCCCAGUCUGUGUUGCACGACCGAAACACGGGGCCAGCAAGUCGGCCGAAAGCUGAUCUCUGGCGACCGCACCAGCCAUCCUCAGAACAGGCAAGCACCCACGUACAGAGCCCUACUGCCUUGCCCAUACCAGUGACAGAGUCAUCAACGACCAGGAGAGACCGUGCGACCCCGGUCCAAACACCAAAUUCACCCCCCGGGCAGAACUCGAUGCCGUUCAGUGAUGCCAUGGACUGGACUCCUUCCACUCCAGCUAGCGAGUCUCGGAUCUCAUUUCCUGCCAAUUUUGACGCGAUGAUUUUCGGGCCAGACCGGACACAAAAGAGACCGCGGGUGUUCAUAGCAUUUGCGAACUCUCACCCAGCAGAGGCCAAGGCUCUGGAGCAAUGGCUUUCCCAGCACAUGAGUUCUCGUCAGAUCUACACUGACAACGAAAAGAACGACUGGAAUGACUUUCAAGGCGAAAUUCGGGACCAACCAGGUGCCAUCAUCUUCCAUGAGCGGUACCCCUGCUAUUGCGACAUGCCAUAUCUGUUUAGAUUCCUUCGACUGGCAUCUCUGUCUUGUUUUAGAUUGUCAUUCGGAGACUCAGGCGAGGACCGGUCUGACCGGAGGUCUGGCCUCACUAGACUCUUCCCUCGUGGCACAGUUCUGUGCGUUACCGAGGAUUCUAUGAAGAACCAUUCAGAAGGAGCGCUGUUAGCUAUGAAAUGGUUCGAAGACGCCUCGGUCGGCAAGGUGCAGUUUUGGAAGCUGGUACUUUUGCCGGAUUUCCUUUCGUGGAUCUUGCGUCAGAUUGACGCUGUCGAGCACGAGGUUCAGCAGAGAUAUUUCAGCAUGCUCGAAAUCUCGUACAGGCUACGCUCCCGAUCAUCCGAAGAGUCGUCCAACAUGAGGCGCCACCACCACGAAGACCCCGAGAAAUUCAUCAAAGAUCUUCCUGCAAGUGAGGACGAGGAACUCGUCGUGUCACCGGAAGGCCUGCCGGAGUACGAUGUUCCAUGGGGCAAGGCCGACAUGAGUGCCGACGCGAUAAAGGCGCGAGACAAGGCUUUCGUCAAAUAUUUUAUCGGUUGGUCGGCCAUGAAUGCCACGAAGCACCGGCUGUUCACGGUCGCAGAUGCGAACCACACCAACAAGACCGAGGGACAAUCGUGGCAUAUUUGGUUCAGAGAGCCUGUGUCGUUCAAGCCAACGGAGAGGAAGUAG